CUUCUCUGACCUUCCAUAUAAAACCCCACGUCUGGGUUAAAAACCGAGCUAGGGCAUAAGAAUCCCAACUCAAAAACCGCCGCCGCCGAUAUGAAGGAAGCAAUCCCGGAGGACAUAGCGAUCGCGAUCCUGUGGAGGCUUCCCGUCGGUGCAUGCAUAGCCAGAUUCUGCUGCGUCCAAAAAACAUGGUAUCACCUCCUCUCGGAUCCCUCUUUCAUUACCCAAAAGCUAUCAUCAUCUGGCAGUGAGCAUCAGAUCAUGAUCAAACGCUACACCAGCCAGAACUCCAAGUCACCACCGAUCUACACUCUGCACUCUCCCGACACGCUCGAGCCCCUCACUCCCUCCGCCGGCCUCCCGCUCCCCUUCUUCGACCCAGCAAAGCCGCGCCAUCCUAAGCAGCAGCAGUAUUUCGAAAUCGAAGGAUACUGCCACGGCCUGUUUUGCAUAUUCGAUCAUGCAGCGGAGCGCCUGAUUCUCUGGAACCCGGCCACCUCCGAGACCAAGAUUCCCCCACCUUCCUCCAUCUACAAUCCUUAUGACUACACAUUCCACGCUGCCUGGUUCGGUUUCGAUUCACAAACAAACGACUACAAGGUCAUGCAGCUACUCAUCUUUCACCACGAUGGUGUUGGAUGCUAUUCCGGCUUGGUGGUGUACAGUUUGAGACACGACUCGUGGAGGAAAUUCGAUGGCGAUCAUUUCCCGGUAAAAUCUUCACGCCAGAUCCCCCAGUUUCGUAAGGGGAAGCUCUACUGGUGGAGCUGGGGCGUGGGUUUGCGGUUUGAUUCGCUGGACAUGACCAGUGAGGUUUUCCAGCACGUGCAUGUGACACGUGUUGGAAUUAAUCGAGAUAUGUAAUUCCCCGGAUUACAUCUUGUCAGAUUAUCAAAGGCGAAUAGAUCUAAAUACCUGGAUUCAUGAUGGUAGAUCGUCGUGAGCUUGAUGCGGAAUCUGUAGAACGAUCUUGAACCGGACGAUACCUCAGAAGCACGAUCCGGAAAGUUUAGUGGCAUUCCUCAACCAAGCCUCCGUAGUCCACUCACGGGAAACCUCACGUAUUCCUGAUGGGGAGAAUAUGUGUGUAUUUUUUGGUCUUGGUAUCUUGGGGACCACAACCUCUAGGUUCUUUAUAUACUAUGUUUAGCUAGGGUUCCCAUAAAACCCUAAUUAGGUUUAGUAUCUGGUUUCCACUCAUUGGGCCCAUAUCAGGUAUAGAGUAGUCUUGGGCUCCAUAAUUUGACCACUUAUAAUUAGCCCACUUUAACAAAUAACCAAUACAAUU